CGGUCCUUCCUUUGGUGACGUGUAGCGCUGACUGAGGAAGAUGAUGUGGAGACCUGGUGGCUUUAUUUUGAUGUGCGGCUAAAACGAAAGCGCUCUGUGUGGUUUGGUCUGUGUGGAUAAAGGGCUGUUUCCAGUCUGGCGGCGUCUUAAAUCACCACAGAGAAUGGAGACGCUUUAUCAUCAGACUAAUAAACAAAUCCAGGAGGUCCAGUCCCAAAUGGGACGGCUGGAGACAACGGACCGACAGUCAGUGCACUUGCUAGAAAACGAAUUGCAGGCCAGAAUUGAACAGAUCUUUACUCAUCUGGAACGGCUUGAGAUCCUGGCCAGCAAGGAGCCGCCUAAUCGACGUCAGAACGCCAAACUGCGAGUAGACCAGCUGAAGUAUGAUGUGCAGCAUUUACAGACAGCUUUGAGGAACUUCCAGCACAGACGCUAUGCUCGUGAGGCUCAGGAAAGGGAGAGGGAAGAGCUGAUGAGCCGCAGUUUUACCACCAACGACGCAGACACUUCUAUCCCCAUAGAUGACACACUUCAGUUCAACUCCAGCCUGCAGAGCGCUCACAGAGGAAUGGAUGAUCUGCUUGGUUCUGGCUCCAGCAUCCUCAAUGGCCUCCGUGACCAGAGGGGCACGCUCAAGGGUACCCAUAAGAAGAUGCUGGAUGUGGCGAACAUGUUGGGGCUGUCCAACACGGUGAUGCGUCUAAUCGAGAAGAGAGCGACACAGGAUAAGUUCAUCAUGAUCACCGGCAUGCUCAUCACCUGCGUCGUCAUGUUCCUGGUGGUGAAAUACCUGAGCUGAACUUUCUCAGUCUGAGCUGACCCUUCUUGACUGCCAUGAAAGGACCGUACCAAGAGACGGUGAUCUUAAACUUGGAUUGAGGAUUUGGAUUACCCCAGGUUGCCUUCUGGUUUUGAGAUUCUCAUCCUCUUUGUCGACAUCUGAUUUGACUCAAUGAGCCUAAUUUUAUGUGAAUUAAUAAAUCUGUAGAUGUUUAUAAGCAAGUUUAAAUGUUAAAGCAGGUGUUUGACGUUUAUAGCCCAGAAGACUUCAUCACAUCCUCAAAGCACCAGGAAAAUGGACGCUGUUCAAACAAAUAAACUCCGGUAUGGUCUGGACAUUUUCCUGACAUCUCUUAAAUAUGUUUUUUUUUUUUUUCUUAAACUUAUUCUUGUGCAUCUGUAAUCAGUCUCCUGUUUUCUUUACAGAUACAAGCAAAAUGGUAUUAAAAUAAUUUAAAUGUGGUUAUAUUAAGUGGACCAGACCCCAUUUGGAACUACUUCCAUUAAUCAACACUGGCUUUGGUUUUUAACCCUCAUAGAACUGUAAAGAUUUAAAGUUAAUGCCGUCUGUACUGUACAAUAACCAUGCUAACAGUAAAGUCUCAUGAACUGA